GCGUAGAUGGACUAUAUAUUUAAAAGAAUAGCCAUGAGGGCGUGAAAAAGGUCAUCAUUCUCUUUCACCCCCAAUUAAAAAUUCUUGUUUCCAAACCUGACCAGGCAGACCUCAACCUGAUGGAAUACUAGCUAUUACUUCUUCAGAAGCACAAAGGUGGGUAAUUAAGUUGCAGUUUUAGCAAAACUUGAGCAGUUGUGUUGGGGAAUUUGGCAAAAUAUGGAUGCAGCAAAGGAAUGUGGUUUUGCAGUCAGCUUGACGUUCAUUAUAGCUGCAUUAAUAUCUCUCACCACACUUCUCACCUUCAACUCAGAUGAACUUUGGGAAUUCAGACACAAAAUCUUUAGAAUUAAUGGAACUAUUGAUUCAGACGAGGAUGUAAUGAGUCCAAACUUAACAAGCUGCCACCAAUCUUAUGGUCGAGACGAUCUCCUAGUCUACUGUUGUCCUCCUGAAAAUCCACAAAACCUUAAAUUCAUUGACUUCAAAUUCCCGGAGCCUUCAAAACCUCUAAGAGUUCGCAAACCAGCUCAUCUCCUAGACGAAGACUACAUAUCCAAGUACAGCAGAGCAGUGUCUAUAAUGAAAUCCUUACCCUACUCAGACCCUCGAAGCUUUUCUCGCCAAGCCAACCUCCAUUGCAUCUUCUGCACAGGUGCUUAUGAUCAGAAAUACUCCAAUAUCUCUCUCAACAUCCACAGAGCAUGGUUCUUUUUCCCAUGGCACCGAAUGUUUCUUCAUUUCCAUGAACGUAUUCUCGGAAGUUUAAUUGGGGAUGACACUUUUGCUCUCCCAUUUUGGAACUGGGAUUCCCCUGAAGGGAUGACAAUCCCUGAAAUGUAUAUGAAUGAGCCUUUGAAUCAUAAAGAACGCGAUGGCUCUCAUUUUCCACCCAAAGUUGCUGAUAUUGAUUUUGUUGAUAAAGAGAGUGGAUUAGGACCUCAAGAACAGAUUGAGAAGAACUUGGCUAUGAUGUAUAAUCAGCUUGUGUCCGGUGCCAAGAAGACAGAGCUGUUCAUGGGCUGCUCUUAUUAUCCCGGAGAGGGAGGGACUUGUGAUGGACCUGGUACUGUGGAGCUUGCACCUCAUAACACAUUGCAUACUUGGGUUGGUAGUAGCUUCAAUCCUCAGAGGGAGGACAUGGGAGCUUUCUACUCUGCAGCUAGAGAUCCUCUGUUCUAUGCACACCACUCAAACAUAGAUCGAAUGUGGGAGGUUUGGAGGGAGAUUCAUGGCAAAAACUUGCCCAUAUCGGAUCCUGCUUGGCUUGGUUCUUAUUUUUAUUUCUACGAUGAGAAUUUACAACUUGUUAGAAUCAAAGUUAGUGACGUUCUUGAUCUGUCAAAGCUUCGCUAUGCUUAUGAGAAAGUCAAUCUUCCUUGGCUGAAUAAGCGUCCUAAACCUUCAGUUUCUCCCAAACUUGCUCGUCAGGUAUUGAACUUGAGAGACACUGGUGGAAGCAGGUUUUUAUAUGCAGAAUUUGGAGGAAAUGCUCGUAAUCUAGAGGCUUCUAUGACAGUGAAAGUGUAUAGACCAGAAUACCAAAGGACAAAGAAAGAGAAAGAAGAAGAGGAGGAAGUCUUGGUUGUUUAUGGAAUCGAUGUUGAAUCAAACAUGUACGUGAAGUUCGAUGUGUAUGUGAACAUAGCCGAUGAGAUGAAAAUUAAUCCAGGUUUUAGAGAGUUUGCAGGUACUUUUGUUCGGCUACCUCAAGCUAGGAGUACAGAUAUUGGAAGUAGGAAAAGUACUCUUAAGUUGGGGAUUUCAGAACUAAUAGAAGACCUGGAAGCAGAUGGAGAUGAUAGCAUUUGGGUGACAUUGUUACCGCGAACCACAUCAUGCAUGAACACAACGAUCGAUGGAAUAUGUAUAGAAUAUAUGAGAUGAUUAAUGAACUCAAAGUUUGUUGGAUUUUUAGCUAUAGAGAGAGAAUGAUAAAUUUUUAGUAUUGCAUAUUCUAUAUUAGUUUGAGGAUAGUACUAUUAAAGGGGCAUGCUCUGGUUAGGUAGAUAUAACUGAUUAUUGAAUUUCCUAGCUUGUAAUAAGUUUGUACACCAUCAAAGCCUAUGAUCACAUUAUUACUUGAUUGUAAUAAAGAGGUAAAUAGAGUGCUUAUAAUGAACUUCUCUUGAAGUGGGUUA